AGUAGCACCGGAAGAAGGAGCUGAAUGUCAAACACUAGCAUGUUAGCAUGUUAGCAUGUUAGCAUCGCUCAGCUGCAGUCAACAUGUCUAGUCACUUUUUUGUCGGGCUUGCUUUAUCAACCAGACACUUUGCAAACAAUGCGCUACUAACGCUGCGCAGGAAUAUCCCUUAUAACAAACUACAAGCCUGCGGAUAUGCGAAGAAAGUUGCGGUCAAAGGCAAAGGAAAAGGUUUGGUGAAGGAUGAGCUGCAAGGACCAGAAGUCUGCAAGGACCCAGAGCGACUGACCACUUAUGCAGUGGGGGCCAACAUCUACAAGCAAGGAGAAGACCCCAAACUGAAGCCUCCUGAAGAAUAUCCAGAGUGGCUCUUCCACAUCAACCUGGGACCUACCUGCCAGCUUCACCAGCUGGAGGAAGACACCUGGGAGUACUGGAAGCGGCUCCGCAAGGAAAACAUUUGGCGCCACAACAGAUUGAGGAAAGGGAAGAAGUUUUAGCGUGACUAGACUAGACUGGACUUCUGUAUCAUCUUGCUGAAUGAAGCCAACUGUCAAAUGUUGCUGACUUUGACGCAGUGAGUGGAUUUGUUGAAAAGGAUUCAUUAAAGAUUGUUUUUUAUUGACCA